GAGGUGGCGGGAGGUGGGAGGAAGACUACUUUUGACUGGCAGGUAGCAUUGACCAAUCCCCGUGCGGUUUCUCCUUGUCCUCCCCGCUCCACUCCUCUCUCCCUUGGCUCCCACCCCCCUCCCCAGACUCUCUCUCAACCAGUCCUACCUCCCCUCCCCCACUCUGCGGGCAAAUCGCUGCUGGAAAGAGGCGGGGGCCUGAGCGGCGGGCUCGUGUGGAGGCUUUAGAUGGGACUGACAGGUCCGCCAGCCAAUGGCUGCAUGUCUGACGGCGCGGCGGUGGCUGGCUGUGACCAAUGAGCUGGCAGGCUGGGGGAGGAGGCCCAGGUUCCAAACGCUCCGCGGCGCCAUGGGCUGAAAACUCAACCGAGAUGGAAUCUCCCAGUCUGAACCGGUUUCAACCGGUUCCGAGUUUGUGGCACUAGAAGGAGGGGGAGAAGCGGCGCGGCGGCGGCAGCAGCAGCAGGAACAGCAACAGCCACAGCCACAGCAAUAGCAACAGCCCCGGCGGCGGCGCCUGUUCCAGUCUUUGCUGCUGCCGUCCGUGCAACCACCCGGAGGGGGAGGGGGAGCCGCCAGUCGCUGAGGAGAAGGAGGAGGAAGAGGAGGGGAGAAAGUUUAGGGGAGCCGGGUUGGUGGGGCCCAGCCGCCGGAGCCGAGUGAGAGAGGGGACCGCGUUGUGGUGGUGGGGGAGUCGGACUGCACCUGGCAGCACUGAGCGUCCCCCUGACUGUGGACUUGAGCGACGCCCCCCCCUCUUGCUGCUCCUGCUGCUGCGUGGCCUGAGGGUCCCCUUGGGGCUGAAUCUCUGGGACCUGACCCCCCUUUCUCCCCUCCCCCGCCCCUCUCUCCCCACCCCAGCGGGAUCGUUGAUUCAUCCGCUUCGUUAUCGUUAUUUUUUGGGGGGAGGUGCGUGUGAGGGGGGGGGAGGCGUCAUUGGAAGAGUAAAACGUUAUUGAGCUUUUUUUUUUUGCCCUUUUCCCCCCUCUCAUUUUUUAAUUUCCCCUUUUUUUUAAGGUGGGCAAACUGUGAAACCCACCUAAGUCUCCACUCCUUCCCCCUUCCCCACCUUCCCUCAUCCCUUCCCAGCCCCCCCCACAAGGAAGGACGAGGCAGUUGGUUCAAUCUCUGGUAAUCUAUGCCAGCAAUUAUGACAAUGUUAGCAGACCAUGCAGCUCGUCAGCUGCUGGAUUUCAGCCAAAAACUGGAUAUCAAUCUUUUAGACAGUGUCGUGAAUUGCUUAUACCAUGGAGAAGGAGCCCAGCAAAGAAUGGCUCAGGAAGUCUUGACACACUUAAAGGAACAUCCUGAUGCAUGGACAAGAGUUGAUACAAUUUUGGAAUUUUCACAGAAUAUGAACACGAAAUAUUAUGGACUACAAAUUUUGGAAAAUGUGAUAAAGACAAGAUGGAAAAUUCUUCCAAGGAACCAAUGUGAAGGAAUCAAAAAAUACGUUGUUGGCCUUAUCAUAAAGACUUCAUCUGACCCAACAUGUGUAGAGAAAGAAAAGGUAUAUAUUGGAAAAUUGAAUAUGAUUCUCGUUCAGAUCUUAAAACAAGAAUGGCCAAAACACUGGCCAACCUUCAUCAGUGAUAUUGUAGGAGCAAGUAGGACCAGUGAAAGUCUCUGCCAGAAUAAUAUGGUGAUCCUUAAACUAUUAAGUGAGGAAGUAUUUGAUUUUUCUAGUGGACAGAUAACUCAAGUUAAGGCAAAGCAUUUGAAAGACAGCAUGUGCAACGAAUUCUCACAGAUAUUUCAGCUGUGUCAGUUUGUGAUGGAAAAUUCCCAAAAUGCUCCACUUGUACAUGCCACUUUGGAAACAUUGCUAAGAUUUCUUAACUGGAUUCCACUGGGAUAUAUAUUCGAAACGAAGUUAAUCAGCACAUUAAUAUAUAAGUUUCUAAAUGUUCCAAUGUUUCGAAAUGUCUCUCUGAAGUGCCUCACUGAGAUUGCUGGUGUGAGUGUAAGCCAAUAUGAGGAACAAUUUGUAACAUUAUUUACACUGACAAUGAUGCAGCUUAAACAGAUGUUACCUUUAAAUACCAAUAUUCGACUUGCUUACUCCAAUGGAAAAGAUGAUGAACAAAAUUUCAUCCAGAAUCUCAGUUUGUUUCUCUGUACCUUUCUUAAAGAACAUGGUCAACUUAUCGAAAAGCGAUUAAAUCUCAGGGAAACAUUGAUGGAGGCUCUUCACUAUAUGUUGUUAGUAUCUGAAGUAGAAGAAACUGAAAUCUUUAAGAUUUGUCUUGAAUAUUGGAACCAUCUAGCUGCUGAACUCUACAGAGAAAGUCCAUUUUCAACGUCUGCCUCUCCAAUGCUCUCUGGAAGUCAACAUUUUGAUGUUCCUCCCAGGAGACAACUUUAUCUACCUGUAUUAUCCAAGGUCCGUUUAUUGAUGGUGAGUCGAAUGGCUAAGCCUGAAGAAGUUCUGGUUGUAGAAAAUGAUCAGGGAGAAGUUGUUCGAGAAUUUAUGAAGGACACAGACUCCAUUAAUUUGUAUAAGAAUAUGAGGGAAACAUUAGUAUACCUUACACAUCUGGAUUAUGCAGACACUGAAAGAAUAAUGACUGAAAAACUUCACAAUCAGGUGAAUGGAACAGAAUGGUCUUGGAAAAAUUUGAACACUUUAUGUUGGGCAAUAGGCUCUAUUAGUGGAGCGAUGCAUGAAGAGGAUGAAAAAAGGUUUCUUGUUACAGUCAUAAAGGAUCUUUUAGGAUUAUGUGAACAGAAAAGAGGCAAAGAUAAUAAAGCUAUUAUUGCAUCAAAUAUCAUGUACAUAGUAGGUCAAUAUCCAAGGUUUUUGAGAGCUCAUUGGAAAUUUUUGAAGACCGUGGUCAACAAGUUAUUUGAAUUCAUGCAUGAAACUCAUGAUGGUGUCCAGGAUAUGGCCUGUGAUACCUUCAUAAAAAUAGCACAAAAAUGCCGCAGGCAUUUUGUUCAGGUUCAGGUUGGAGAAGUAAUGCCAUUCAUUGAUGAAAUUUUGAACAACAUUAACACAAUCAUUUGUGAUCUUCAGCCUCAGCAGGUUCACACGUUUUAUGAAGCUGUUGGAUACAUGAUUGGUGCACAAACUGAUCAAACAGUACAAGAACAUUUGAUAGAAAAAUAUAUGCUACUUCCUAAUCAGGUGUGGGACAGCAUAAUUCAGCAAGCCACUAAAAAUGUGGAUAUACUUAAGGAUCCUGAAACAGUUAAGCAGCUUGGAAGUAUUUUAAAAACAAAUGUAAGAGCAUGUAAAGCUGUUGGCCACCCCUUUGUAAUUCAACUUGGACGAAUUUAUUUAGAUAUGCUUAAUGUGUACAAGUGCCUCAGUGAAAAUAUUUCUGCAGCUAUCCAGGCCAAUGGUGAAAUGGUUACAAAACAACCCUUGAUUAGAAGUAUGCGAACAGUAAAAAGGGAGACUUUAAAAUUAAUAUCUGGUUGGGUGAGCCGGUCUAAUGAUCCACAGAUGGUAGCAGAAAAUUUUGUUCCUCCUUUGUUAGAUGCAGUUCUUAUUGAUUACCAGAGAAAUGUUCCAGCUGCUAGAGAACCAGAAGUACUUAGUACUAUGGCUAUCAUUGUCAACAAAUUAGGGGGACACAUAACAACUGAAAUACCUCAGAUAUUUGAUGCUGUUUUUGAAUGCACAUUAAAUAUGAUAAACAAGGACUUUGAAGAAUAUCCUGAACACAGAACAAACUUUUUCUUACUACUUCAGGCCGUAAAUUCUCAUUGUUUCCCAGCAUUCCUGGCCAUUCCACCUGCACAGUUCAAGUUAGUUUUGGAUUCCAUUAUCUGGGCUUUCAAGCAUACUAUGAGGAAUGUUGCAGAUACAGGCCUACAGAUACUUUUUACACUCUUGCAAAAUGUUGCACAAGAAGAAACUGCUGCUCAGAGUUUCUAUCAGACCUAUUUCUGUGAUAUCCUUCAGCAUAUCUUUUCAGUUGUAACAGACACCUCACAUACUGCUGGCUUAACGAUGCAUGCUUCAAUUCUUGCAUACAUGUUUAAUUUAGUAGAAGAAGGAAAAAUAAGUACACCAUUAAAUCCCGGAAAUCCAGUUAACAACCAAAUGUUUAUUCAGGAGUAUGUGGCUAAUCUUCUCAAAUCUGCUUUCCCUCACUUGCAGGAUGCGCAAGUUAAACUGUUUGUAACAGGACUCUUCAGUUUAAAUCAAGAUAUCCCCGCCUUCAAAGAACACCUUAGGGAUUUCCUGGUACAGAUAAAGGAAUUUGCAGGUGAAGAUACAUCUGACCUGUUUUUAGAAGAAAGAGAAACAGCCCUUCGACAGGCUCAGGAAGAGAAACAUAAACUUCAGAUGUCUGUCCCUGGCAUCCUUAAUCCACAUGAAAUUCCUGAAGAAAUGUGCGAUUAAAAAUCAAAACAAGUUAUGCUGUCUUUUUUCUGUACAGCUUCUUUGUUGUGGUAGAAGAAAACAGCAUUUGGAUAUUUGUUGACCAAAAUGAUGCCAAUUUGUAAAUUAAAAUGUCACCUAGUGGCCCUUUUUCUUAUGUGUUUUUUGUAUAAGAAAUUUUCUGUGAAAUAUCCUUCCAAUGUUUAAGCUUUUGUUUUGGUCAUCUUUAUUUAGAUUUGCAUGAAGUUGAGAAUUAAGGCAUUUUAAAAAACAAUAUUACUUCAUGCCCAUUUUGUGGCUGGGAUGGGGGGGAAGAAGCAAAUUGAAUUUGAAAAAAUAUACUUGUAAAUUCUAUUGCAAAAUUAUACAAUUUUUUCCUGUAACAAAACCAAUUUUUAAUUAGGGAGCAUUUUCUUUCUAGCCUAUAUUUCAGUCUAGAAGAAAAGGUAAUGAGUAAAACAAUUGCGUUGUUAAAGGAUUAUUAUAGUGCUGCAUUGUCUUAAAGGUAGCACAACUUGGACUGAAUUGGAUGGCUAGACUACAUGUAUUACAAGUCUGUAUGGCAAGUUUGCAGCAAGAUCAUGUGCAUAUCAUCCCAUUGUAAAGCAACUUCAAAGAGUAUGGGAACACAGUUAGUUAUUUUUACACAGUUCUUUUUGUUUGUGUGUGUGUGCUGUCGCUUUGUCGACAACAGCUUUUUGUUUUCCUCAAUGAGGAGUGUUGCUCAUUUGUGAGCCUUCAUUAACUCGAAGUGAAAUGGUUAAAAAUAUUUAUCCUGUUAGAAUAGGCUGCAUCUUUUUAACAACUCAUUAAAAAACUCUGGCUUUUGAGAUGACUUAUACUAAUUUACAUUGUUUACCAUGCUGUAGUGCUUUAAGAACACUACUUAAAAGCAAAAUAAACUUGGUUUACAUUUAUUUUUCCUUUAUUGACUCAAAAUUAUUGAUGUAUUAUUGGAAGUGGUCAUCUUUGUGUUGAGUCAAAAAGUUAAGGUAAAGAAAGAGUUUGGAAACUGGGACAAAAACAAAGUUGUACAAUAGACAGGAAAAUGUAGCUUUUAAAUCUAUCUGUGUAAUUUCAGAAACAUUUUAUAUAUCCAAAUAGAUUAUCGACCUAUUAUAAAACACAAAAUUUGAUAGGUGUGUCCUUACAUAGACCUUUCUCCCCUUUUUUUCUGUCAGAUGGAAGUAAAGAAAAUAGAACAUUGUCAACCAAAAUGAACUUGGUAGAAUUUCAGGAAAACUAGUUGCCCUUUGUAAAUGCAUACAUUGCUAUCUUAAACGAAUUCAUUCCAUUUAGUUUACCUUUAAUAUCUAGGGAUUACUUCCAACUGAAAUCUAUAAUCUCAUUGAAGAGGCGGUAGAGAGGUAGACCUGAAAAUUGGAGUGUGGGAUGCAUGCAGGUGGGUCAGCUAUUAGAAAGAACUAGGACUUGGGGAAAGAAAAAUCUUGGAUAAAAGGGGUAUAGGAAAGAAUGGUUUAGUCCUAGGUUUUUCUCUGACAGAAAUAUUAAAGGUCUUUUAAAAAAGAUAGACCCCAUGUUCACAAUCAACUUUUGCCUUGAGAACUUGAUGUUGAGGGUGUGGUUUUGCUCUUUCAGAACCAUAGUGCUCCAGGCUGCCCAUGGGCAGCAAAAAAAGAUGUUUGUCAGAAUUUGUCUUCUAGUGACCUGUGUUUUAACUUCAAUCAACCAAAAAGUAGUUGUAGUGUAAUGUUUAUAUGCUUCAUCUUAAAUAUACUUAAAAAUUUUUGUAAGACAAAUCGCUUCAUGUUAAUGACAUGUAAUUUUAAAGUUGUAUUAUAACUGACCAUUUAAAUAGAAAAUUAUUUAAUGCCUUGUUAAAGCUAUCACAAUUUCUAGGUUGUGGCUGUAGAAAAAUCUCUGGAAAGCCUCAAAAAUGGAGUUCAGUGCAUCUGGUCAAAGUUCUGUGGCUAUAUAUAGUGGUUGCAAUACGUCAAGUUAUCAUGAUGCCAUAGUCUAGGCAAUAAAUACUCUUCAUCCAUUCAAUUUUUCCUGUAUGGAUAGCUAGGCUGGCUACCACUUAUAUUUUGUUCCAAACUACAUUAGGCAUUUCCCACCUUAAACUGAAUCUUGCCUUGGGGCAAAAACAAUUAAGAACCUGCUAGAAAAAAUUUGGAUGAUGUUUACAAUAUUGUCCUACUAGUCUCCCACCUCAUCAAUGAGACUUAGCUGUUUUCUACCUUAUGGGGUUUUUUCUAUUAAACAGUUUGAUUUUCUUUUAAGUGAUGUCAUUAAUAUGCUCAUGUAGAUUUUCUUGGAUAUCUGCUUGUAUUGCUCUGUAUUUGUGGAAUAUAUCUACCCAUUUCUUAAGGGGGAAGGCACAUGCCAAGUGAAGAAACUCCCUCUACCAAUGCAGGGAAACACUUUUGCUGUACUUCAAACUAAUAAGAGCAGCAGAUUCUUUUUUUUGGUGGUGUAGACUUUUGGCAAUUGGUGAAGCCUUAAAUCCUUUCUCAGAAUGUUUUUGAAUUAUUAAUUGCAUAAAAAGCAAGUAAAUUAUGCCAGUCCCUCCAUUGGCUAAAGGACUUGACUUGGUCACAAAGUAUGUCAGGAGGAUUUGGAUACAAGUCCACCUGGCUCCAAAGCCAGCUUUUUGACUCCCAUCAAAUUGGCUUCAUAAGAAUCCAUUAAUUUAUCCACUGACUUUAGCCACUUCCCAAUUCAUGCACAACUUUUCUCCGGUUUUUGCGCUGUCACAGAGUGCUGCUAUGAAUAUUUUUGGUACAUGUUUGUGUCUGUGAGACUUAGGUUAAAACAUAUGUUUGGUUUAGUCGUUUGGUAUGAUUCCAAACUGAAAUCUCGAACAGUUGUACCACUUAGUUUUCCAGUAGUACAUGGUUGUGCUGUCUUCCCAUGUCUGAUGAGCUUUUGAGCUAUUAUGUAUCUCAUCUGGAGGCUCUGCAAUGUUGGGGGGGGGGGUGUGAAAUCUACAUGAUGUAACUCGCAAAAAGCAUCUGGGGAAACCUGACUAAGGAUUACCUUUGAUUUGCAUUUUGUGCUCAAUCUUCAUGAUGGUUGCAUAUGCCAUUGGUGAGGUUAUGUCUUUGUUUUGUCCCACUCUUGAUGUUAUAAUGACUGGCCUUUACCCGUGUUUUGAUCUACUGAAUCAAAUUCAGUAGUCUUUUAUUGUGCCCUGGUGUAUGCUAAUUUUAAUACCUACAAAACUUGUUUUGCUGUUUUGAAAAGUGACCUAUACAAAAAGUUCUUAAAACUUUAAAGUUUUUCAAAAUUUAUUCAUGGUUAGGGGUGUGUUCUAGAAAUGCCCAAGGGAAAGGAGUAAUGGACUAAGUAUUUAUCAAUACUUUAUUGUGCAAACAUGAAUAAAAAUAUAUAAGCAAGCA